AUGAAUCUGCUCUCCAAUUUAAAGGGCAGCCCGUCAAGUCUUUAUUCAUUAUUCCCUGCACAAGCUAUCGCGGCCGAAACACUAUACCUCGGGCUGUAUAUUCGCGUGAAGAAGAAGAUCGGACAUGAAAAGGCUCAGUCGGUGAUAGACUCAAUCACUUCAUCAUAUGCGGCUGAGGGCCAGGCAAAUGCCAAUCCCAUGCUUCAGCAUGUCGCGGGGCAAGCAGGAUAUCCCCCCAUUCCAUUUGGAUUUCCGGCUCCUGGAGGCCGCGGUAUGCCUUUCCCCCCGCCAUUCCCACCGUCCGGCGCCCCGGGUUCUGGCGACAAGUCCAUGCCAAUUCCAAUGCCCCUACCAAAUAUGCCACCAGGUAGCCUUCCAUUCCCGCCACCACCACCAGGCGGGUUCCCGCCCAAUUUCCAGUUUCCACCUCCAGGAGCAGGCGGUGUGCCUCCCCUCCCGCCCUUCCCAGGUCAACAAGGACAGAUGCCCGGUCAAGGGCCUAGUUCUGCUGGCGGACCACCUGCACCCCCUGGACUUGGGCAGCAGCAGGCAGGGGGACUCCCGCAUGGCCCUCAGGCGCCGCCGGGAUUAGGCGAUUCUAGAUAG